GAGUUGUAGCUUGCUUGUCAAAUCAAAUUUGGAUUCGUCUUGCGAAUAUAGCAAAAAUCUAUUAGCAGCGCUAUUUCAAAAAUAAUUGUUUUAAGCUUAUGUAAUUCAUUGUAGCUUAUGUUAAAGUGUGAAUUUAAUUAUUAUUCUACGUGAAAAAUGUUGUGCAAUAUAUGUUCAGUGUGCAUUGAAGUUACAACAGCUGUUUUCAUGUAAAGAUUGCCUCCACUCCAAUCAUGUCCUGCUAAAGAGGAACCCGUAGCUCCCUUGGGAGCUACCGCGGAGCUGAGCUCUACAUUGUACCUGUUAUAUUAAUCAUAAUCAAGUUUCUUCACACAUAUCUGACAGAAGAGAGAUCUAGUCUAUAUAGCACAAUAGAUUAGUGACUACGUACCAGCAACUGCGGUACUAAGCGGACCAUUAAAAUGAGUAAGCACAAAGUAGAACUAGACUGCACCUCACGGUGCAGAUCGAGAAACCAUGGACAAGCUCUUACAAGUGCCAUUACAAAGAGAUCAGCCAGUGAUGAAGCAUUGGCUAGCUUCAUUAAAGGAACCUGCGCUAAUUUCAACAAGGCUUUUGAUUUUGAGGGUCGCACAGCUCUCCACAUGGCUGCAUCUCGCGGCCGGAUCAAUCUCAUGGAUUGGCUGACACGCCACUCAACUGAAGCGUUCAUUAACGCACGAGACCGCGAGUCCGGAUACACGCCCCUACAUAGAAGUGUGUUCUAUGGCCAGAUACAUGCUGCUGUUGGGCUCAUGAGAAUAGGUGUAAACACAGACAUAGUCGACAAAGACGAUUACAGGGCAUUUGAGCAUGCAAUGCUUGAUAAGCAAUACAUGUACAAGCAAGAUGGCAAGGAACCGAGCGAGGUGUACAUGUGGGGGAGCAACUCCAACUACACACUCGGUACUGGCACACAACAACAACGGAACACUCCGGAAUUGCUGACCUGCUUCAAUAGAACCAAUACUAGUGUUAAACAGGUGUCCCUGGGUAAGUUCCACAGCGUGUGGGUGUGCAGUAAGGGCGAGGCGUGGUGUUGCGGGCAGCUGGCGCGCGCCGGCGGCCCCCCCUCCACGGCGCUGCGCCCCACGCUGCUCAAGCUGCCUGAGAAAUGUACGGCUGUCGCACUUACACUCACUUCUACAGUGUUUCUAUUGGAAAGUGGGAUGGUACUACAAUACGCCCUAAACGCUACGGACAACGUGAGCCGCGCGACCAGCGAGGCCCCGCCGUACAUCAAGCUGCCUUCAGUCAAACCUGUCAUCAAACUGUCGAGCCCGCUCGGCGUGUGCGGGGCGAAGGCCCACGCCGUCGUGUGGAACACCCGCGCUGUGUACACCUGGGGCACUAAUAAUGGACAGCUGGGGCAUUCUAAUGAUGAUAAAGUUAUCAAUAUGCCUAGAAAGGUGGGUAUAUCGAUGAAUAAUAAGGAAGAAGCCGGCAUCCAGCUAGUGGACGCUUCUGACGCGGCCACCGUCAUCACCACCAGCCGCGGUGACGUGUACCUACUGCACAAGUACAUCUGCAAGAAGAUUGCCAUCAAACAAAUCAACUUGCGUCAAGUAUGCGUGGAAGCCAAAGUGAGUGACACGGGCGCGUACUCCCGCGUCACAGUACUACUACUCACCAACGUCGGGCAACUCUUUAUAUGGCAGGAUACCACCAAUAAACUUACCAGAUGCGUAUUCGGUCUCGUCCAUCAGACAAUAAUAACCAACGUAGCGCUGACUCACGACGCCCUUUACUUCGCAACUAAAUACGGAGAAGCAUUUGUCGGGACCAUAUCCCGCAAGGCCCCGCCCACCGCGCCUCCGCAGCCAAUCAGGAAGGAGAAGGAAAGAGACAACAAGUCCGCCCUCGUCAAGUUCUUAGAAAAGGACGACUGUACUUCUGUGAAGAUUACUAAGAUACCGAAUGUUUAUAGAGCUGUAUCCAUUGCUGUGGAUAGUGAGGGACUCAAUUUUGGAUGUUUGCAGAUAAAACCGACUUGCGGUCUAAAGUCCCUACCGCAGCUGUCACCGUCAAGUCUGGCCAAACAAAUGGACACUCUGCGAGAAACCGCCUCAGAAGACGACCUGCUUCACGACGUUGUUUUUAAGGUUGGCACAAAACGCUACCCCGCUCACAUGUUCAUAGUAGCCUCAAGCAGUGAACAUCUCUACAACUUAUACCAGGACAAACUUGUAAACCCUGGUGAUAAGCCAGAGAUUCUGCUAGAGAAUGUCCAUCCAGAAGCCUUCGAGAGGGUCCUGAAGUUCAUGUAUACUGGUUCCUGUGAUGUGGCGGAACUAGGACCCUGUGGGUUGAAGGUCAAGAAGGAAGAUGUGAAGAAGGAAAAGGAGGAACCGGUUGAGGAAGUCGAGUCGGAUGUCAUUGAAAAUCCAUCAGAGAUAUCAGCAUUCGAGGUGUACAGCUCCCAAGGCGACAAGCCGCGGCGUCGCGCCCGCCGCAGUGCGGACACUCCGCCGCGCGCGCACCUGCACUGCGACCCCGUGAAGCUGGUGCAGGCCACCGCCAAGCGGCUGCACGUCAUGACGCUGCACAAGCUACUUGAUAAGUUCUAUUACAAGGACGGCUCGGUCCACCUGAAGGACAGCGCGUCGCUGCCCGCCAGCGCCUGCGCGGGCUGGCAGCGCGGCAGCCUGCCCCGCCUGCGCGACACCAGCGUGCGCGCGCGCGCCGGCGCCGCGCUGCCCGCACACCGCGCGGUGCUCGCCGCCCGCCUUGACUACUUCAGUGGGAUGUUCAUGCAUGCCUGGACAGAGAGUAAAGUGAUGUCAACAGUAUCACUUCCAAUCAACUACGCCAUCUUGCAGCCUGUCAUUGACUUCCUCUAUACAGACUCGUGCCCAGAACUAGAGAACUGCGACAGUAUUGACUUUAUAUGCAACUUAAUGAUAGUCGCGGACCAGCUGUUCAUCACUCGUCUUAGAGAAAUGUGUGAGAUCGCUCUAGCGAACCUGAUCAACCUGAAAAACUGCGCGGAACUCUGCCAGUUCGCCCACACAUACAACGCCAUACAACUGAAACAGUGCUGCAUGGAGUUCAUCGCCCUAAACCUUUGUAGUGUCCUGGAAAACAGAUCUUUAGACGUCCUAGAAGAAACUUUACUUGAAGAUAUCACUAAGUAUUAUUGUAAAUUCAACCCAAUCAUGUCAUCUAGAGUCAUAACACCGUUCUACAAUGCUCCAAGCGAUGAAAUCAUUGAGGAGUUUGUUAAAUCAUGCCCAGUCAACUUGGAACUGACUGAUGAGGAUUACAAAAGAGAUGACAGUCUCGUAGAAUCAGCUAAGAAAAAGAGAGGAAAGAAAAUAGAAUAUACAGACAGCGAAAAGGAAAGAAUGAGGUAUGAAUCUGUUAGUUCAGUUACAUCAUUAGACUUAUCAAACGAAUUCUCCGGCGAUAUUACAUUAUCACUCAGAAAGUUAUCGAAGGAAACCGAGAAAGGGGCCAAAGACAAACAAGAGAAAUGGAUUGAAGUGCCAUCCUCGCAACAGAAACAGCAGAAAGUCGUCCAAGCGAGACUGAAAGCUAUAAGUGUCGCUAAAGACAUAUUGAACGAAGCUCCCGUCGAAUCUUUCAUGAAACUAACCAAGAGUAGUUCCUCAAGUGCCAUGACAAUACAAGAGAAUCUUCCCACCACUUCCAGACUAUCAGUUUCGCCUAAAGACUCCCCGCUAGCCGAAAUGGCUAGAAGCCCACAGGGCAACGUAUUUAUAAGCCAUAUAGGGCCAAAACUGUCCCAAAAACAGAGAAAAAAGAUGGCUUUACAAGGAGUUGAUACAUCUACACAGAGUAUUAAUGAUUACUUUGGCAAAUUGAAUGUUGGGAGCCCGCCGGAAAAGCCCAAGAAUCCUUGGAAGAUCUGUGAGGUGCCCGUAGCUAGCAGCAGCCUGAACUCCAAGCCCAUUGAGUUUAAUAAGAUUUUGAAUGACCAGAAGAAACAGAAAGAGGACCAUUCUAGAAUCAUGACUAAGCCACUUGUAUUGACACAACUGGAAGACAAAGCCAUUGAGCAACUGGAGAGGUUCUAUAAUGUUCAUGAAAUAGAUGAUGAGUUGAUCACAGUGAGACGCAUUGAGCUUCAGGUGUCAUCACCACAAUGGCUACACACUGCCCCUAAGUGAUAACUGUGCUAUUUUAUACACUUUACAAAUAUUCAUAUUGUUCUUAUGAUUUAAGAUUGAGAAUUAUUUUAAUAUAUGAAAUAUGACAUGA